UUUAAAAACAGAUAUUCAGUGUUCUACUAUACCAGGAGCCUCGAUUUUAACGCCCUGCAGAUAUGGCGGAAGUAAAGAACACCACAGCUCAAGAAAGCCCAAAGACCCAGCGCAUGAUAAGACUUGACAUUUACGUCAAGAAACAUCCCUCAAUAACCCACGAGGAAUUCCAUGAGUGAGUGAAUGUCUUUCAUACAGUAUAUUCACAAAUCUAAAGUUGCAUUUUAGGCGGUGGUCCACGGUACACGGUUCUCUAGUCAAAGGGUGGCUCGCUGAGAAAGGCAUCUACCGCUACACUCAAGUAAGAAGCUCUCCUAACAUUUGAUUUUGAUCAUUGGCUCCAGUUUAAUACAAAGCAGUUCCACUCGCCACCUGAAUUGACUUCAGCAUCUCUUGGAAUCCAUGAUGAUGCUAAAAUAUUGGAUUUUGAUGGCCAUGCCGAGGUAGUCGUCCCAAAUAUUGAUGUGUUGAGACAACUGGUCAAAGACAACUUCUUUGCCGACCACGCAACUCCUGACCAGGAGGCCAUUACGGACAUGGGAAGUGUGAUGCGGAUCAUUGGGUAUGAAGAGGUUCAUAUAGAGAACGGAAAGGCUGUUGAGGUCUGAGAUGAAGGGAAAUUAUUGUUGUCUUACGAAUCGAUUAUGAAUCAUAAAAUAUAAAUUCGUAU